UUGUCAAUGUGUUAUAGCUUUUUAAUAAGAAACUUAUUUUUAUUUUUUUUUUUUAUAAAAAAGUUCAUUUAAAGGGUUGGUGAGUGUUGAGUGGGGUUGGUGAAUUAUGGUCAGUGCCUACAAAAACACAUAACCAACCACAUACUCCUUUCAUUUGAUACUCCCGACUAUAGAUCUGAAUCUGAGCUUCACACUUCAUUCUCCGUUUCCCCAUUUGCAAAUCUUCUAUCAAACAAGAUGGAUUACGAAGGAAUUUUGUUAGGUAUGGGAAAUCCUCUAUUGGAUAUCUCUGCUGUUGUCGACGAAGAAUUUCUGAACAAAUAUGACAUCAAAUUGAACAAUGCCAUCCUCGCAGAAGACAAACAUAAGCCCAUGUAUGGAGAGAUGAAUGAGAAAUUCAACGUCGAAUUUAUUGCUGGAGGUGCUACUCAAAAUUCGAUCAGAGUUGCCCAGUGGAUGCUUCAAAAACCUGGUGCCACCAGUUAUAUGGGUUGCAUUGGCAAAGAUAAGUUUGGGGAGGAGAUGAAGCGCGAUGCAAAAAAAGCUGGUGUGAAUGUUCAAUAUUAUGAACAUGAGUCGGUACCAACUGGUACCUGCGCUGUUUGCAUUGUUGGUGGUGAAAGGUCAUUAGUUGCUAAUCUAUCCGCUGCCAACUGCUACGACGUUGAGCAUUUGAAGAAACCUGAAAACUGGGCAUUGGUCGAGAAGGCCAAGUACUAUUACAUUGCUGGCUUUUUCCUUACUGUAUCUCCGGAAUCAAUUCAAUUUGUUGCAGAACAUGCAGCUGCAAAUGACAAGUGUUUCAUGAUGAAUCUCUCUGCUCCAUUCAUCUGUGAAUUUUUCAAAGAUCCCCAGGAGAAAGCUUUGCCAUACACAGAUUUUGUUUUUGGCAAUGAAACGGAAGCAAGGGCCUUCUCAAAGGCUCAUGGUUGGGAGACUGAAAACGUGGAGGAGAUUGCGGUAAAGAUUUCCCAGUGGCCCAAAGUAUCAAAUAAACGCAAGAGAAUAACCGUGAUUACUCAGGGUGCUGAUCCCGUUGUCGUUGCGGAAGAUGACAAAGUGAAGACAUUCCCUGUACCAUUGUUGCCCAAGGAAAAGUUGGUUGAUACCAAUGGAGCUGGCGAUGCUUUUGUAGGAGGAUUCAUUUCCCAGCUAGUUCAGGGAAAACCUAUUGAAGACUGUGUGAGAGCUGGUAACUAUGCUGCAAGUGUUAUCAUCCAAAGGUCAGGCUGCACUUACCCUGAGACACCCGACUUCAACUGAGCAACCUUCAUCGGUUUUUCCCUUAAUGCAUUUAUUACAAUAAUAUUUUUGGAAUGAGCGUUUAAAAAGCGAUUAUGAUGAGUCAUUAAUGAUUAAUAUCGGGGAACUAAUUAUGUAGUCGAUCUCCCCAGUAGCAUGAUCAUUAUAUAGAACGUUGUUAUGCAGGUUAAUAUGCUAUGUAUCAAGAAUCUUAUAGAUGGUAUUGGAUCAUCCACGAAAUAAAACAGGAAAAUAUGGCUUGCUGGUAUACUGGCACAGAAAGUUUUACCCA